GAUGCGAAGGCGAAUGACUUUUGGUCAGAUUCGAGACAAGAUUAUUCUAACAUGGACGGAGCCGGUUCUUCUCACGAGUCCGUGCGAUGUGAAGGAACCGACGAAGCGGAAGAUCGCGAGCAGCAUCGUCCAUCCAUUAUCCCUCCACAAAUCUGUUCGACAGGAUCAACCGAGAUGAAUAUCGAACCUGUGAAGUGUGCAUUUUGUAAGAAAAACAACGCUGAUUAUCGGUGUCCUCGAUGCACUUCCGGUUAUUGUUCGCUGAACUGCUACAAAGACCCUAAACAUGCGGAUUGUUCCGAGGGAUUCUACCGCGAAUGGUGCGAAGCGGAGAUGAAAGGCACUGGAGUCACAUCCAAGGACAAAACGGAGUUCAUGGAGCGAUUGAAAAGACUUCGGGACGAGGAUCUCAUGGAUGAAAACAAGGAUUCUGACGAUGUUGACGAUCAAUUGUCUCGUUUGAUAAAUGGUUCUGGAAAAAUUGAUUCCGACGAUGACUCGGAAGAGGAAGAUUUAGAAGAAAGGUUGGCUGGGAUUGAUCUCGACGACUGUGAUUCAGUCUGGGCCAAGCUAACGGAUGCAGAGAAGGCCGAGUUUAGAAACCUAAUCCAAUCAACGGGUUUAGAGGAAAUUAUUCCACCGUGGGAACCCUGGUGGACCAAAAAGAAAGCCUCGAAGCUGGUUGUAGAUGUUACAAUCAAUUCCGAAAAACCACAAACUGUUUUCCCACAUCCUGAAAUCAUGAUGGUGCCAAAACUGUCUGAACUUAUCAAAACGGAGCCCUCGCCUCUGAUUGCGUAUUCUGUUGUGAACCUGAUUUCCGCAUACGUGGUUACUGUGAGAUUCCUUGCUGGAGAACUGCAUGAAAAUGCGCUGCAAUCAAUGGAAUUGAUCGUUCAGCUGAGUGCAUCGUUGUUCAAGGGAACAAAUUUUCAUUCAAUUGACGCUGCCCUGGAUAACGUUGCUUCGAAAGCGUCAGAUAAAACGGAGCCCUCGCCUCUGAUUGCGUAUUCUGUUGUGAACCUGAUUUCCGCAUACGUGGUUACUGUGAGAUUCCUUGCUGGAGAACUGCAUGAAAAUGCGCUGCAAUCAAUGGAAUUGAUCGUUCAGCUGAGUGCAUCGUUGUUCAAGGGAACAAAUUUUCAUUCAAUUGACGCUGCCCUGGAUAACGUUGCUUCGAAAGCGUCAGAUUUGAAAAUCGUGAGUUCAGGUUCUCGGGAAGAUGUCCGCUUAUUGAUGAAGGGGCCAGGGAACACCUCUUUCAUGGAAGCUGCUUUAUCGGACGUGUAUCAAAUUUUGAAGGAGUCGCUGGACCCGAAAUCUUCGAGAGGGACAAAGAAAGAUGUGAAAUUCCAAAGAGAAAUGGCUUCAAUUUUGCCUCAAACUGCAUCGAGCUUAACUGAGCCGAUUGGAAAAUCCAUGGUUCGGAAGAUGAUGAAGAAGGUCGAGUUUCUCUUGUCGUGGACGCGAGAAAACGGCUCCAAGUGUAUUGCGUAUGAGGAGUUUUUGUGUCCCGAUAGUGUAAAGAAAGUGUGUUCCGCGAAAAUGUCCGGUUAUCCCAACGAUGAAGACGCUUAUUCCUUCGGCCGCGAUCCGCAGUUCCAGUCCUUCGACUACGGUGGCGGCGGCGGUGUUGGUUACGGUGCGCCGCCGCCGCAACAGGNGGAAGAUGAUGAAGAAGGUCGAGUUUCUCUUGUCGUGGACGCGAGAAAACGGCUCCAAAAAAAAGUGUGUUCCGCGAAAAUGUCCGGUUAUCCCAACGAUGAAGACGCUUAUUCCUUCGGCCGCGAUCCGCAGUUCCAGUCCUUCGACUACGGUGGCGGCGGCGGUGUUGGUUACGGUGCGCCGCCGCCGCAACAGGUUUACGGCGGCGGAAGCUACUCACGGGCGCCACAAUACGACGCCUCGUAUUCCCACGCGCCCCAACAGCACAUGUACCAACCGGGGGCGUCUGGGUUCGAAGACGAAAGGCCUCUGUUGGAAGAACUGGGCAUCAACGUGGAUCACAUUAUACAGAAGACGCUGGCGGUGCUGAACCCGGCGAAGCGGACGGACGCGCAGAUUUUGCAGGACACUGACAUGGCCGGACCGUUGAUCUUUUGUCUCGCCUUCGGGGGUUUCUUGCUGCUUUGCGGGAAAGUUCAUUUCGGAUACAUCUAUGGAAUCGGUGUCAUGGGAUGUCUGGGAAUGUACUUCUUGCUGAACAUGAUGAGUGUCCCCGGAGUCUCUGUGGGAGUGACAGUUUCAGUGCUUGGUUACUGCCUGUUGCCUAUGGUCGGGUUGGCUGGAAUAUCCGCGGUUGUCUCAUUGAAAGGACUCCUGGGUAUUUUGGGUACCCUUUUGGCCAUUAGUUGGUGUGCCGUUUCGGCGUCCAAAUUAUUCGUUACUGCGUUGGAGUUGGAGCAUCAGCAGCCAUUGAUAGCUUACCCCUGCGGAUUGCUGUACGGAAUUUUUGCGUUGCUCACUGUGUUUUGAACAUCGCGGAAGUUUGAUUAAAUCCCAGAUUUAUUUUGUUCGUUUUUGCGAAUUGGCGUGUACGACUUCCUGUUCUGUUUUCUCGAUUCUUCUGCAAUACAUGUGAUCAUUAGAACGAAA